AUGACAACUUUUGAUGCGUACGUCCAAAAUGAUGAUAAACAAAUUGAUUUUGAUAAUAUUAAAUUAAAACCAUUAAAAAUUGUUGAUGGUGAUGAUGAUGAUAAAUCAUCAAGAAUAUCAAAUGAAUUUGAACAAACAAAUAAACAAGAUAUUAAAAAUAGUUUAUUAAAACGAGCUACAUCAAUAACAAAUAAAUUAACAGAUACAUUUAAUCGUUUAACAUCAACAACAUCAACAUUAAUUACAAUAAAUAAUAAUGAACAUUUUAAUUCUCUAAAUCAAUAUCAAUUUUCAUAUGAUUUAUUUAAUAAAAAUAAUCUUCUUCAUCCAUAUAUAUCAAUUCAUAGUCUUGAUAUAAUAAAUAAUUCAAAUAUAAAUUCAUAUUUAAUUGGUGCAAGUAAUCGUUUAUAUCGUCAACAAAAUAAUAUUGAUUUUAUUUUAACUGAUUAUGAUGAUGAUUUUAUAAUUCAAUCAUCAAUAUUAAAACAACAACUUCAAUUAACAACAGCUGAUUUAAGAUUUAUUCAAUUAUUUGAAGAUUCACAAUCAAAUGUUCAAAGUGAAGAAGAAAUUCGUCGUUUAUUUAAAAUCUAUUUGUUAUCAUUAUUAAGUGUAGCUCGAACUCCUUAUGAUGAAGUGAUAAAUGAUUUUAAUCCAUUAUUUGUUAAAUCAUUUCAAUCAACAAAUGCAUUUCGUUUAUGGCAAUCAAAAGGAUCUUAUCCAUAUAUUGAUCAAAUUCUUCCACAACAUCCUCAAGCAGGACAACUUAAUGUAACUGAUGUUAAAUUACGUGCUGCUCAUGUUCUUGAUGAUACUGAAACUGGUAGAAAAUUAAAAGGCGCAUUUGAAGAUACAUCUCAAUUUAUGGGGGGAAAAUCUCGAGCAGCAACUAAAGUACUUGGACAAGCAAAGAAUUCUCUAUUUAGUUCAGUUAUUGGAACAAUAAAUCAAGUCAAAUAA